CUAGGGCCCCGCUGCCUCCUGCCAGCGCUUCCCCCGCCCCGGCCCCCCAAGCGGGGCUGCGGAUCGGCCCCCCACCCCCCCCAAGGGAAGGCUCGGAGGAGGGCGCCACCAGACUGGGGGAGGGGAGCCGCAUGGGGCCGUGAGAAGCCGCCGCUGAGAGCCGGGAAAUUCCCCUGGACGCCUGGGUCCCUCCGAGGUGUCGAUCUCAUACACCCCCCCACACACACAUUGUGAUCCUUGCCCGAAUGCCGGGGUCCCACUGAUCCCCCCCACCCCUCCAAUACGCUGACAAUAGGAGCCUGCGAGCUCCUUGCCUGGACGCCUGGGUCCUACCGAGAUUUCUACCCCCAUCCCCCGCAAUCUGACGCUGACAAUAGGAGUCUGAGAUCUCUUUGCCCGGACGCCUGGGUCCCCACUGCGCUGGAUCGUCGCUGACAAAAGGAGGUUUGGAACCUUCCCCUCCCCCGCACGCCUCGCCCGGACGCCUGGGUUCUGAGGAGCCCGCAGAGAAUUAGAACCCUCCCGCGCCGAAAGGAGCCGCCUUUUCGCCGCCCGGACGCCUGGGUUCCGCUACUUUCCCCCGGGAGCAGGGGCGGGGGAGAGCAGGGAGCCCCUUGAUUCCCCUGCCGGCUCCGCUAUCCCUCCUUCCCUGCCUCUCCCGCCUCCCCAGCUCUCUCUCUAUCCCUCCUUUCUCCCACUUCCUCGUUUCUUCUUUCCUCAGACCCCUCUAUCCUUCUUCCAUUCUUUCUCUAUCCUUGCUUCCCACUAGUCCUCGUUCCCUGACUCUCUAUCCCUCCCUUCCUCCGGCCUUACCUUCCUCCGGCCUUACCUUCCUCCUCGUAAACUAUUCCUUCAGUUCUGCCCCUUUUUCUCUCUCCUCCUCCUCUUAAACUCUCCUUCCUUCCCUGACACUCUCUCUAUCCCUCCCUUUCAUCCUCUUAAACUCUCCUUCCAUUCCCCCUCUUCUUCCAUCCCUCCUUCCCUGACACUUUCUCUAUCCCUCCCUUUCAUCCUCUUAAACUCUCCCUCCAUUCCCCCUCUUCUUCCAUCCCUCCUUCCCUGACACUUUCUCUAUCCCUCCCUUUCAUCCUCUUAAACUCUCCCUCCAUUCCCCCUCUUCUUCCAUCCCUCCUUCCCUGACACUUUCUCUAUCCCUCCCUUUCAUCCUCUCAAACUAUCAUCUAUUCCACCUCUCCCUCCAUCUCUCCUUCCCUGCCCCCCUCUCUCUCCCUUCCCCCCAUCCCCACUUCCCUCCCUGCCCCCCACAGCCCCGGGGCGAGGAUGGCGUCGGCUCAGGCACCGGCCCUGCCGGAGUGGAAGCUGCAGCUGCUGGAGAGGAAGCGGAAGGAAGAGGAAGAGGCGCGACGUAGAGAGCGGGAGCAGCAGGACCGCAUGGCCAAGAUGCCAGCCUGGAAGCGGGAGAUCAUCGAACGCCGCCGCGCCAAGCAGGGCUCCGGCGCCUCUUUCUCGGACCCGGAGGGCGGUGGCGGCGGAGCAGGGCCCCCCUCAGCUGUGGUGGGGCUGCCCAGCUCCGGGAUGGGCCAGGAGGAGAGCGCCGUGCUGCAGGAGAAGAUUGGCCCGGUGCACCAGAAUCCCUUCAUCCAGCUGGAGAAGCGGCGCAAGGAGACGGCGGCGCCGGAGGCCGAGCCGGCUGGUGCCAAGGCCAAGCAGUUGAUGGAGCUGUACAGCCAGCGCCCCGGGGUGAGGACCCUACGGGCCGACAACGUCAUCAUCAUUGAGUCGGUGCCGGGAGCGGCGCCGCCGGGGGCCGAGCGGCGGGCCGAGGCCAAAUCCGGCAGCGUGGAGUCCCUGAACGAGCUGCUGGCCCGGCGCGGCGGGAGCGUGACCGAGAUCCGGGCCGGCGAAGUCUUCAUUGUCAAAUCGGCCCUCAGCCGCAGCGUGGAAGACCUCAACUCCUUCGGCCAAAGCCACGGCGAGGCCGAUUGCCAGCUGGGGCUCCCGGAGCAACGCCGCGGGCGUGUCAGCAAGUUGCUAAGCCGCUUCGGCCAGGAGGACCCACCCCCGCACCCACUCAGGUCCCUCAGCACCGAGAACCUCGCCGAUGGCUCCUACGAACGCCCCCUGGCGGCAAGGAAACCACCCGGCUCGGCCCAGCGCCGUAGUGGCACACCCAGCCCUCCCCGCGACCUGCCGGGCCUGGCCCCCUCGCCACCUCCCUUUACCGUGGCUUCCUACCGCAGCCAAUUUGAAGCCAGGUCCGAGGCCUGGCCAGAGAGCCCUCCGAGGCGUUCCCCCACCGGCAAAGCGUGGGGCAGGGAGGCCGCCUCACCAGAGAGGGGAGCCAGGCUUGACGGUGGCAGCCCUGGCCUGGUGGUGCCGGGCCCUCGGAGCAGGGAGGCCAAUUCACCGGACAGGGGAGCCUGGCACUGUGGAAACACAUUGGCCAUGGUGCCAGGGCCUCAAGGCACGGAGGCCGCCUCACCAGAAAGGGGAACUAGGGGUGAUGGCAAUGCCAUGGCACCAGGACCGCGAGGCAGAGAAGCCGCCUCACCGGAGAGGGGAGCCAGGCUUGGCGGCGGUGCGUUGGCCGUGGGGCUGGGCCUACAAGCCAGAGAAGCCGCCUCACCGGAGAGGGGAGCCAGGCUUGGCGGCAGUGCGUUGGCCGUGGGAUCGGGCCUACAAGCCAGAGAAGCCGCCUCACCGGAGAGGGGAGCCAGGCUUGGCGGCGGUGCGUUGGUGGUGGGGCUGGGCCUACAAGCCAGAGAAGCCGCCUCACCGGAGAGGCGUGACGGUGCUGGCGACGGCUCGGGUGCGGUGAUACCGGGCCCACCGGGCAGAGAGGUCGCCUCUCCAGACAGUGGGGGUAGGGCAGACAACGGAGACGCCUCAUCCUCAGGCCCGCCUGCCGACACCAUCUUGGAUGCCGAGGCCCAGGCCAAAGCCGUGGCCAGCCUGCGUCUGCACUCGCGCAACUCCUUCGUGGUGGUGCCGCGCCGGGCGGCCGCCUCCCCUCCCCCAGACCCCGGUGAGGCUCGGCAGGAAACCAGCACUUCUCCUCCAAAGGCUGCCGCUGCUCCGGCCUCCACUUCCUCCUCCUCCUCCCCUAGCCGCGAGCAGCUUCCCCUCCCGGCCAGCACCGAGGAGCCGGCCGAGGGGGAGGCCAUGAGGCGCGGGGGCCGGGGGCCCCGGGAGCUGGGGGGCCCCUCUGCCCUGCCCCACCCGGCCGUGCAGCGCCGGAGUGGCAACACCAUCACCAUCAAUCCCCGCAAGGCGCCGGCGCCGGCCGUGGAGAACGGCGUGGAGGGCGAGGGGGGCCCCGCGGCGCCCGAGAAGGCGGCUGGCGCGCCACUGAAGAAGCGCUACCCGACGGCGGAGGAGAUCCAGGUGAUCGGGGGCUACCUGUCCCUGUCGAAAUCCUGCCUGGCCAAGAACGACCCCCACCGCAAAAAGUUGAAGAUCUCGUUCAGUGAGAGCCAGCUGGAGCGCACCUUCCAGUACCCAUCCGAGGGGUCCCUGCUGGAGGAGUUUGGGCCCCCUGAGGAGUCGGACGUGCUGGCCUCUGCCAGCCCCCACGGGGAGGAUGACGAGGAAGAGGAGGAGCUGCUGCUUCUCCAUCGCGGCCUGCCGGGUGUGCUCAGGACCAAAUCCCUCAUCGUGGAUGAAUCCUGCAGGCGGUAACCCCGCAGAACCCCCACUCAUGGUGGGGAGCCGGGGCGGGUGCAGAAGGUGCCCUGCCAUGACUGGGUCCCGACUGGCCCCUUCUGUUUCGUCUUCCAGUAAAAUCCCAGCAAGAACAAGGACUGGAGGGAGCUCGGCUCCAGUUUCCCUGGCUGUGCCUAGGCUAGAGCAGCCACCCUCCCAUUUGACUGCUCCCCUAAGGUCCAGAGAGCCUUCAGGAACAAACCCACUGCAGCCAGCAGGGGGCGCUCUGCACCACCUGGACUGUGCUGGGAGAGCCCAUUCCCACUGCAGCCAGCAGGGGAUGCUCUGCACCACAUGGACUUUGCUGGGAGAGCCCAUUUCCACUGGGGGCACUCUGCACCAGGUGGACUUUGCUGGGAGAGCCCAUUCUCACCGCAGCCCGCGGGGGGUCUCUCUGAACCAUGUGGACUGUGCUGGGAGAGCCCAUUCCCACUGCAGCCAGCGAGGGGCGCUCUAAACCCCGUGGACUUUAUUGCCACCAAGAGGUCACCUGGUCUACCUUCAGCCAAAGGUUAAAGGUCACAUCCCCUCCCGAAGAUGGGUAUGGAUGGGAUAAUUAUGGGUGGGAGGUGGCAAAGAAAACCAACCCCCCACCAUACACACAUGCAUUUUUUGUAACUCUUGAAUCCUUUUUCUAGGGGGCAUCAUCCAGAAGGGAGAACUUCUGUUUUCCAAUUUUUACUUCCUAAUAAUGCUGCCAGGGUGGUCAGAGUUAAGGGGAUUGUAGUUUAGGAGGGGGUGGGGGUGGGGUUUAUUGGGGAAGGGAGGGGAGGGGUCACUUUGUUACUUGAUAGGGUCCAGUCAUAAUUGCAGAGGAGCGGAUCACUAUCGGAGGGCGGGGCAAUCUGUGACUGGGGUGGAGCCAGUUGAGAAUGGGGCGAAGCCAGUCAGUAUUUGGAGAGUGGGGCAAAUUGCUACUUUGCAGGGGUGGGUGGGCCAUUUGCAAGUGUUCUGGAGCUAGUUACAGAUGGGACCAUUUUUAUGUACUUCAGGCAGGACUAGUUGUGUUUGGUGGGGAGUGGGGCAGUAGGCGGUUUGGGGGUGGGAGGUGGAGCCAAUCAGGAAUUGGGGAGGGACCAGCUGUGACUGGAGAUGGGGGGAGGAGGUGACUGAAGUGGAGGGCGGGUCAACGGUGUGACUUCCUGUUUUAGCCAUCCCACUUCCUGUGUAGGUGGAGCAAUUUCACCAUCUUUUAUGGGUGGGGGAGGGGGGUCGUGCCAUUCAGAGCCUCUGAUGGGCAGGCGUGGGAAUGGAGGGACAGUGGAAUUGGAUGUGUGGGGACAAGAAUGAGGAUGGAGGGAACGAGGAAUGGGAUGAGUGCGGAGGGUGGGGCACGGAUGGAUGGAUGAGCUCCUCCUCUGUGAGUUUAGUUCGUUCUCGUUAUUAUUAAUUCAUUUUCCUUUGCACUGGGGGGAGCAGCCGCAUCCUCACCCGGGAACAAGGGUGCGAGUGAAUGAACAAGUGCGGCAGGCUCCUCCCCCUGCCCAGGGAGCAGGGGCAGACGUGUGGUCACAGGGGAGUGGGGUUCAAUGAGGCAUCAGCCCCCCCCACACGCCCAUUUAACUCCCACCCUGCUCUGAGCAGGAGGUACUGAUGCUGCGUCUGAGCUCUGGCAGGGGGAGGGAGGCUGCAUCCGGCCAGUUCCAAUAGUGUUUUUUUAUAUAUAUUAUAAUAAUAAAACAGAUGUUGCACGUGAA